UUUCCACCCGGCAGCGCCAGUCAUUCGAAAAUUUUUCGCGCAUCCGUCAAGAAGCAGGAAAAGGCUGCUCCCUCUCGUGAACCCCUCAAGAUUUGAAAUUUUCCCCAGAUCGUGAACCCGGUCAGCCGAAAUCGAAAGUUAUCGCAAAAUGGUUGUUCUCGGCCUGCAAUCGAUGCGUGCCCUGCGAAAUGUAUACGGAUCCCUGCUGCGGCGGAAGUUUUCCACGAAUAUUGGAGAAAACCGGGCUGAGAAAGGAUUGGUUCUGGGGCUAUACGAGCAGGAAAUCGAAACGGAUGAGCCCAGAUUGACCCCGGUGGCCGGACACUUCGACGCCAAAACCGAAGGACAGCUCGUCAACCUGAUCAAAGAAUCGAACCUGAAGGGAAAGGUUGGACAGGUCAAAGUUUUCAACAACAUCGAUCCGGACUAUGGAUCGGUUGCCGUGGUUGGGCUCGGUUUGGAAGGACUCGGCUACAACGAGCUGGAGCAGCUGGACGAGGGCCUGGAAAACGUUCGCAUCAGUGCUGGAGUCGGAGCAAAGUGCCUGGCAAAGCAAGGAUGCUCUCGGAUUUCGGUUGAUCCCAUGCAAGCGGCGGAGCAAGCCGCUGAAGGCAGUGGCUUAGCGACAUGGAAGUACCAAGCCAACCGGAUGAAGUCAGAGCGGAUCCCUACUCCGAAGCUGGAGUUGUUCGACUCACCCGACGGUGAUGCGUGGACCAGAGGACUGUUCAAGGCCGAUGCGCAGAACCUGGCGCGAAGCUUGUCGGACGCACCGGGAAACCAGAUUACUCCGACGGCAUUCGCUCAAGCGGCCGUGGACGCUCUGUGCCCUUGUGGAGUCAGCACCGAGGUACGGAACAUGGACUGGAUCGAGUCCAAGAGUCUGGGAAGCUUCCUGGCAGUGGCAAAGAGUUCCUGUGAGCCUCCGAUAUUCCUGGAGAUCAGCUACUGCGGAGAACACGAUUCCGGCCGUCCGAUCAUGCUUGUCGGCAAAGGCAUCACGUUCAACAGUGGUGGUUUGUGCCUGAAGGAGCCGCAUGGUAUGUCGCAGUACCGUGCAAGCAUGUCCGGUGCGGCGUCCAUCGUUGCGACCAUACGGGCCGCGGCAGCACUCUCCCUCCCGGUAAAUCUGGUUGGACUGAUCCCACUGUGCGAGAACAUGCCUUCUGGAAUGGCUUUCAAACCAGGAGAUGUCAUCACUACCCUUAACGGAAAGACGGUGGCCAUUCACGACACCAACAACGCCGGCCGGUUGAUCAUGGCUGACACCUUCAUCUACGGUCAGAACACCUUCAAACCCAAAGUGGUGAUGGACGUUGCAACCCUUACAAACGGUGUAACACACGCCCUCGGCGGAGCCGCCAGUGGAGUCUUCUCAAACUCGGACUUCCUGUGGAAACAGAUGCAGAAGGCUGGAGCAAUCACGGGCGAUCGCGUGUGGAGAAUGCCACUGUGGAAGUACUACACCCACAAAGUUACAAAUUACACCAACGUGGACAUCAGCAACACCGGACAGGGCAAGGGCAGUUCCUGUUUGGGAGCCGCCUUCCUGAAGGAAUUUGUCCCGUGCGUCGACUGGAUCCAUCUGGACAUCACCGGUGUGGGCAUGCUGAAGAAGGGAGUGGGCAUUCCGUACCUUGCCGAGGAGCGCAUGACUGGCCGACCCACGAGAACGCUGGUGCAGUUCCUGUACCAGAUGGCGUGUCCGGACGAACAGGUGAAGAGUCUUUCGAAGGAGUCGUGUGCCUCAAAUUAGGAAGCUCAGUAGAAAUACGACGGGAUGAUCGUUUAUUUAUUUGAUAUACGUUACAAUAAAUUUAGUUGAUUAUAGUAAAAUCUA